AUGCCAAAAGUACCAAAAUCAUUGUUGGGUUCGCGAUUUCGAACAGAUAGAUGCUGUAAUUCUUUGUUUCCUCAUCCAAACAGAAAAAACAAAGGUCUCAGAAAAGUCCAGGAGAAACAUUUGUUGGCACUAAACAUACCUGUUACAAAAAAUACACUUAAAUUAAAAAUUUGCAACAAGUGUCGUCUCAGUUUGUCUAAAAAGAACGAGGAAGUUAAGGAAUCGUUCUCUGACGAAUUGACAGAUAAUGAAGUACAAAGUAUAGAACCUACCCUGGAAAGUCCUGCACCUGAAGAGGACGACAAAGAAAUCAUUUCUGACGCAAUCGAUGCAUUCAACAUGGGUUUGCAAUUAAUUGGAACUUCACCAAUUCAAAAGAAAAAAGUUUCCCAAAAGCGCUAUUCAAAAAGAAAAAUGGAAACCAUUUCGAAUGUGAUUGUGGAAAAAAUUUUUGAUCCUUCGGUUGUAACUAAUAAUGUUGAGCAGAAGAAAAAUGAUGGAGAUCAUGUAUUAAAAGUUUUAAAAGGCGAAUUUAACUCAACAGAAGACCGUAUUAAAAAAAUUAAAAUUCUGACUAUUUUAAAAGACUGGUCUUUUCGGAAAAUACAACAUCAUUUUCCUUCUGCUACGACUCAUAUGGUCAUAGUUGCGAAAAAAACAUGUGAAGAAAAGGGUAUAUUAUCUGAUCCUAACCCUAAAAGUCAUCCAUCAUUGGAAGAAGAUGUUGUUAAUUUAAUAGUAAGCUUUUAUGAACUUGACGAGUACAGUCGAAUAAUGCCAGGAAAAAAGGAUUAUGUUUCAGUAAAGGUCAAUGGAGAACGCACUCAAGUUCAGAAAAGAUUACUAUUAAUAAAUUUAAGAGAACUUUUUCAAUUGUACACGGAAAAGUACCCACAGAAAAAAUGCAGUUUUUCCAAAUUUGCCGCAUUACGACCAAAACAUUGUGUGUUGAUAGGUGCAAGUGGCACCCAUUCAGUUUGCGUUUGUGCUAUACAUGAAAACGUAAAAUUAUUGAUCGAAGGAUCAAAUAUUAAAAAUCUUACAGCUAACUCCCCAAACCCAAUGCGAACAUAUCAUGAUUUUUUAAAACGUAUGGUUUGCGUUGUGCAAUCAGAUAACUGUUUUUUUGGAACGUGCUCUGGGUGCCCUGGUGCAACGCCUUUAAUUCAAGAACUCGAAAACUUAUUUGAAGAAAAUUUUAUUGAGGAAAUUACUUACAGGCAAUGGACAAAUGUUGAUAGAACCACAUUACAACUCAUGAUAUCUCCAUCAGAUGAUUAUUUAGAAAAAUUACAGACAUCUUUACAAAAAUUACUUCUGCAUUCAUUUCUUGUAAAAAAACAAAAUGAAUUUAUAAAUAUUAAAAAAGAAGAAUUAAACAAAAACGAGUGCAUUGUUGUCUGUGAUUUUUCAGAGAACUAUGCUUUUGUAAUUCAAGAUUCUGUGCAAGGCGUUCACUGGAAUAACAACCAAGCAACAGUUCACCCUUUCGCGAUUUAUUUCAGAAAUGAUGAUGGUCAAAUUUCUAUAAAAAGUUUUGUUGUUAUAUCAGAAUGUUUGCACCACGACACAAUAGCAGUUUAUGCAUUCCAAAAAAAAUUAAUAGAUUUUAUAAAAAAGAACUUAAACCAUAUCACAAAAAUCACAUAUUUUUCUGAUGGGGCAUCUGCACAAUAUAAAAACAAAAAAAAUUUCGCCAAUCUUACACAUCAUGUUAAAGAUUUUGGUUUAGCUGCAGAGUGGCACUUUUUUCCCACAUCACAUGGCAAGGGUGCAUGUGAUGGCUUGGGAGGAACCUUAAAAAGGUUGGCUGCUCGAACAAGUCUUCAAAGGGUUUCUAAUCCCAUCCAAACUCCAGAAGAAUUGUUCGAGUGGGCAUCUGAGUCACUACCAAAUAUUUCAGUGACGUUUGUUAAAAAUCAUGAGUAUGAUGAGGCAAAAAAAAAGUUGGAGAUUAGAUUUACAAAGGCUGUAACUGUAAAAGGCACAUUAUCUUACCAUUGCAUAAUACCAAUUACAGAAAAGAAAGCAAUAGUUAAACAUUUUUCAUUGGAAAAACAGUCCAUUAAAGUUAAAAUUAUAAAAUAA